GUCCCCGGGCUCAGCCUUCCGCGGGCGGCGCGGGAGCCGCGGAGGAGCCCCCGGAGCCAGCGAGUGGCCGCCUGGCACGCGCGUGCGCCGUGGCGCGCUCCCGCUGAAGGCACGUGGGCGGGGCCUGCGCGCGUGUGCCCGGGGAUGCGCACCUGGUGAGUCACCUGGGCUCGCCCAAGGCAGUGUCCCGUGGCGCCCACGUAGCUUCGAUUUCCAGCUCCACCAUCUCUGUGACUCGUCACUUUGGAGGAACCAUUUAACUGCUCCUUGCCUCAGUUUCCCGUUAUAAAAAAGAGGUGCUGUAAACAGCAAACAAUGAUCCUUUCUUAAUACUGCAAACACGUCAUUGUGGAACCAAGAGGAAGUUAAUUUACUGAUUACUGUCUUAACUUCACCAGUCUUAUUCUCAUAAAGAAUUUACCAACAGUUUCCAUUUUAUUUUCCAGGUUAACCACAUUCUCCUCAGCUUGAAACCAAAAAGGAGGGGCCAUUAAGGUUUUUGUUCUUUCUGGGUUGUCUCCUUCCAGAAAGAAAAACAAUGGCGAUGCUAUUAAGCGGAAGAGGAUUAAUCUUAUCUCUAAUUUUCGUCCUACUAAAAUUCUCAACAGCGGUUGAAAUACCACUCUCAGUUCAACAGGUUCCAACCAUUAUAAAACAGUCAAAAGUACAAGUUGCCUUUCCCUUUGAUGAGUAUUUUCAAAUUGAAUGUGAAGCUAAAGGAAAUCCAGAACCAACAUUUACAUGGACUAAGGAUGACCAGCCUUUUGAUCUCUCUGAUGCUCGGAUAAUUGUGUCUAACAAUUCGGGAACAUUCAGGAUCCCAAACGAGGGGCACAUAUCUCACUUUCAAGGGAAAUACCGCUGCUUUGCUUCUAAUAAACUGGGAGUUGCUAUGUCAGAAGAAAUAGAAUUUAUAGUUCCAACUGUUCCAAAGUUCCCAAAGGAAAAAAUUGACCCUCUGGAAGUGGAGGAGGGAGAUCCAAUUGUCUUCCCGUGCAACCCGCCCAAAGGCCUUCCACCUUUACACAUUUAUUGGAUGAAUAUUGAAUUAGAACACAUCGAACAAGAUGAAAGAGUAUACAUGAGCCAAAAGGGAGAUCUGUACUUUGCAAAUGUGGAAGAAAAAGACAGUCGGAAUGAUUACUGUUGCUUUGCUGCAUUUCCAAGAUUAAGGACUAUUGUACAGAAAAUGCCAAUGAAACUAACAGUUAACAGUUUAAAGCAUGCUAAUGACUCGAGUUCAUCCACAGCAAUUGGUUCCAAGGCAAAUUCAAUCAAGCAAAGAAAACCCAGACUCCUGUUGCCUCCUGUGGAAAGUGGCGGUCACUCUUCAGUUACUAUCCUCAAAGGGAACACCCUGCUGCUCGAGUGCUUUGCUGAAGGCCUACCAACUCCACAGGUUGAUUGGAAUAAACUGGGUGGGGAUUUACCAAAGGGAAGGGAAAUGAAAGAUAAUCAUGGCAAGACACUGAAGAUAGAAAAUGUCUCCUACCAGGACAAAGGAAUUUAUCGGUGCACAGCCAACAACUUUUUGGGAACAACUGCUCAUGAAUUCCAUGUUACAGUAGAAGAGCCUCCACGCUGGACAAAGAAACCGCAGAGUGGCGUGUACAGCACUGGGAGCAGCGGUAUCUUGUUAUGUGAGGCUGAAGGAGAACCUCAGCCCACAAUCAAGUGGCGAAUUAAUGGCUCCCCAAUUGAUGACCAUCCAGUUGCUGGCGAUAUCAUCUUCCCAAGUGAAAUUAGUUUUACCAAUCUACAACCAAAUCAUACUGCUGUGUAUCAGUGUGAAGCAUCAAAUGUCCAUGGCACUAUCCUUGCCAACGCCAAUAUCGAUGUUGUAGAUGUUCGUCCAUUGAUAAAAACUGAAGAUGAAGAAAACUAUGCCGCGGUGGUUGGGUACAGUGCUUUCUUGCAUUGCGAGUUCUUUGCUUCACCUGAGGCAAUAGUGUCCUGGCAGAAGGUGGAUGAAGUGAAACCCCUUGAAGGCAGACGAUAUUAUAUCCAUGAAAAUGGCACAUUACAGAUAAAGAAAGCCACUGAAGAGGAUGCUGGCUCAUACUCUUGUUGGGUGGAAAAUGCUAAAGGAAAAACUGCAGUCACUGCCAAUUUGGAUAUAAGAAAUGCUACAAGACUUAGAGUGUCUCCUAAGAAUCCUCGCAUCCCCAAAUCACAUAUGCUUGAAUUCCACUGUGAGAGCAAAUGUGAUUCAUAUUUGAAGCACAGUUUGAAGUUGUCCUGGAGUAAAGAUGGAGAAGCCUUUGAAAUCAAUGGCACAGAAGAUGGCAGGGUAAUUAUUGAUGGGGCUAAUCUGACCAUAGUUAAUGUGACAUUAGAGGACCAAGGCAUUUACUCCUGUUUGGCCCAAACUGCUCUGGAUAGCACGGCUGAUAAAACUCAAGUAACUGUCCUUGAUGUCCCAGAACCACCAGAAAACCUUCACUUGUCUGAAAGACAGAACAGGAGUGUUCGGCUGACCUGGGAAGCUGGCGAUGACCACAAUAGCAAGAUUCGCGAGUAUAUUAUAGAAUUUGAAGGGAACAAAGAGGAACCUGGAAGGUGGGAGGAACUGACUCGAGUGCAAGGAGAGGAAACCACAGUCUUGUUACCUUUGGCUCCGUACGUGAGAUACCAGUUCAGGGUCACAGCUGUGAAUGAAGUAGGGAGAAGCCAACCGAGCCAGCCAUCGGACCACCACGAAACACCACCCGCUGCUCCAGACAAGAAUCCACAAAACAUAAGAGUUCAAGCUUCUCAACCAAAAGAAAUGAUUAUAAAAUGGGAGCCUUUGAAAUCCAUGGAGCAGAAUGGACCAGGACUGGAGUACAGAGUGACCUGGAAGCCACAGGGAGCCUCCAAGGAGUGGGAAGAAGAAACAGUCAUGAACCACACUUUGAGGGUGAUGACACCUACUGUUUAUGCUCCUUAUGAUGUCCAAGUCCAGGCUAUCAAUCAACUGGGCUCUGGGCCUGAGCCCCACCCAGUGACUCUCUAUUCUGGAGAAGACUAUCCUGAUACAGCUCCCGUGAUUCAUGGGGUGGAUGUUAUAAACAGCACACUAGUUAAAGUUACCUGGUCAUCAAUUCCAAAGGACAGAGUACAUGGACGUCUAAAAGGAUAUCAGGUCACUUGGUGGAAAACAAAAAGUUUAUUGGAUGGAAGAACACAUCCCAAAGAAGUAAACAUCCUAAGGUUUUCAGGACAAAGAAACUACGGAAUGGUUCCUUCCCUAGAUGCAUUUAGUGAAUUUCACCUAACAGUCUUAGCCUAUAAUUCCAAAGGAGCUGGUCCAGAAAGUGAGCCUUAUAUAUUUCAAACACCAGAAGGAGUACCCGAACAGCCAACUUUUCUCAAAGUCAUCAAAGUUGAUAAAGACACAGCCACUUUAUCCUGGGGACUACCUAAGAAAUUAAAUGGAAACUUAACUGGCUACCUAUUACAAUACCAGAUAAUAAAUGACACGUACGAGAUUGGAGAAAUAAAUGACAUCAACAUUACAACUCCAUCAAAGCCCAGCUGGCAUCUCUCAAACCUCAGUGCAACUACCAGGUACAAAUUCUACCUGAGGGCUUGCACUGCAAAGGGCUGUGGAAAACCAGUCACUGAGGAGAGCUCGACCUUGGGAGAAGGGAGUAAAAGUAUCGGGAAGAUAUCAGAAGGAGUAAAUCUCACUCAAAAGAUUCACCCAGUAGAGGUAUUUGAGCCGGGAGCGGAACAUAUAGUUCGCCUAUUGACUAAGAAUUGGGUUGAUAACAAUAGCAUUUUUGAAGAUGUAAUUGAGACAAGAGGGAGAGAAUAUGCUGGUUUAUACGAUGACAUCUCCACUCAAGGCUGGUUUAUUGGACUGAUGUGUGCAAUUGCUCUUCUUACACUAAUACUAUUAACUAUUUGCUUUGUGAAGAGGAACAGAGGCGGAAAGUACUCAGUGAAAGAAAAGGAAGAUUUGCAUCCAGAUCCAGAAGUCCAAUCAGUAAAAGAUGAAACUUUUGGUGAAUACAGCGACAGUGAUGAAAAGCCUCUCAAAGGAAGCCUGCGGUCCCUCAACAGGGCUAUCCAGGUCACAGAAAGUGCUGACAGCUUAGUUGAGUAUGGAGAAGGAGAGCACGGUCUAUUCAAUGAAGAUGGAUCUUUUAUUGGCGCUUACGCCGGAUCUAAGGAGAAGGGAUCUGUUGAAAGCAAUGGAAGUUCUACAGCAACAUUUCCACUCCGGGCAUAAACACAUCACAUGUAAAGCACCAGUGGUUCACACCACCGCCCUUCCAUAUUUAUCUGUACAAGGGAGCAAGAACUUUCACACAGGGAUGGAAACAUGUUGGAAGAAGACUUCAUUCAGAAUUCAAAAAGCCUACAAUUAUGUUGAGAAAAAAUAGCACUGCCUUGAAAGAAUAAAAUACCAAGUACUCAAGUACUUCAGGCCUAUGUUUGUUUUUUUCAGGUGCUCAAAAUGAAGAACACAAAAAACAAAUCCUGUAUUUAGAUUCACCUCAAUUGAAUCCAAAGUUUCCAUUCAGGGUAGUCCAUAUAAGCCUGGUUUUACUAUUCAGUGUGUUUGCAUAGAUGUUGCUACCAGUGGGCUUUUCUCUAUACACACAUUUGUACUCAGUUUCUGAGAACUGUCUUAGUGACUUGACUUCACUAGAGGUUAAAAGAUGGUAAGCAAACUGGUUAUUUAAAAUGUAAAAAGGAACUCUGAAUGUCUUGUUAAAACAGUUCACUCAGUAUAUACAAUCUAAAUUUAUUAUUUAAAGUUUAGUAGGAAAGUCUUAGGUGAACAAUUAACUAGGAUUUAUUGAGCUCCUAACUAUUUGCCCAGAGAUGGUCAUGUUUAAACAGAAUUAUAACUUUUCAGUUUCAACAUGAAUUUUUUUAUUUUUUCUACUUAUGACAUUUACAGCUAUUUAACUAAAUUCAGCUGCAAAGGAAAUGGUGGUCAGAAGGUCAUCUUCUGGAAGAGCAGGCAUAAGGCGUCCAUCAUUCCGGGGUGUAACAGCUAAAUGGCUAAACCUAUUUAAUGUCUCCAUUUCUAAAGUGACUGAUUUUACUUUUUUUCUGUGUUUAUAUAAUGGUAUGCGUGCAUAUAUUGCAUGAAUGCAUUGUACAUAUUAUGUUCAUAUUUACACGAUUUAAAAUAUAGAUGUGUUUUAUUUUGAGGUGAGAUAAAGAAUGUUAACAGGCAUGUCUGUACAGCUAGAGUAUACAGUAAGAUACCUUUUUUCAUCUUGCCAGAGCUACAACCAAUAUCAUAUGGUUCUAAAACCGAAGACUCUGUAUAAAGCAUUUGGCUUUUGUUAUUAUAUUGCUUUUUCCAACAGUCUCACAAUAAAAUGUCAUAUAAAAUAUUGAGGGAAAUGUUUUCAUAUAUUUCCAAACAAGUUUUUGUUGUUGACUAUACCCCUACCCCAGCCCUUGCAAAGAGAAACUGUUUACAGUAGAAAUUCCUAUACAUGUGUUUGCCUAGAUCACAUUUUAAACAUCUUUAGGGUGGACUUUUUUGUUUUCUAUAUGCUCCUUCUGUCACAGUCUGUACGAAUUCAGGGUAUUUAUUUCGUGGCAUGCAGCUACUAGUCCUUUUAAAAGUUUACAUGGAAAUUGUUUAGAAAUAAUAUGAAGCACUGUUGCUAUAUACCAGUAAAAUGCACUGCUUAAUUUUUCUGGAAACAUUUUAAGCUUUCCCUGGGCUUCUCAUUGGGUUUAAAUGAGAUUGACUCACAGAGUUUACUUUUUUUUUUUUUUUUAAAUCUGUAUUAUGGGAAUUUCUUGUUAAAUCCUUAACAUCCUUUCUUGUGGGCCAAAAUUAGGGGUUUUUAUAACAACCAAUGCAGUAACGCAAAUGAAAUGUCCAAUUGUUCUUUUUAACCUCAUGUGACUUCUAAAACACAUAGGCAGGAAAUGAAGUCUUAUUUAAAACAAGUUCCACACUUCAUCACACACAUGGAGUAAGCAUUUCCAAAGUGGGGGCAUCUUGGUCCACCCAUGUGAGCAUGAGGUUCCAUACAUCAAUCAAUGCAACGUGUUUCAUCCCCUUAUGAUUUUAAAGCCAAAAGUUUUCUGAAGGAAGAAUCAUGUUUUGAUUUGCUGAGAGGAAUGUGGGGUGCUCAGCUAUCACUGAGACCAAGGUUGGGACUUUCACAUUAAGUUCUGCUAUUCUCCUAUUUCUUCUUCUUUGUCAUCUACCAAAAGUUGGUUUUAAAGGAAGCAUGUGGGCUGGAUAUAAUGUCCAAAAAGCAUUAAGAAUAGUUUUAUUAGAAAUUUAAUAAUGUUUAAAUUAGAAGUUAACACUGAAAUAUACUAUACUAUUGCUCUUCCUAGACCUCGGGGUUCUCCUUUAGCUAGUCUGAGAAACAAGGAUGUUCCUGCUAAUAUUUUCUGAGUAGUCAAAAUGUAUGGAUAUGAAAAGUGAGAUUGGACUGUGACUACUUCGUGCUGUUACUCUCUUACUUUUUUUCAAGACCACUGGCUUCUACUGGGAAUCUUCAAGGCAAAAGAAACAGGGUCCCUGACUUUCCUUGAUUUUAAUUAUCAAAUUAUAUUAUUUACAUCAUAUGAGUCAGAAUAAGUUUUAAAUAAAAAAAUCCAAAUAUGUUAAAAUGGGUUUCAUUCUUUCCGCACAGAAUCUCAUUAACAGAGGCCAUGUUGUGCAAUGAUGAUUACAAAUAGGCAAUGAUUUGCAGUAUUUCCACUGAGUGAUAAGGCAUCAGCUGAUAUUUAUAACUUGUUCUUAAUUGACAAUAUGCUUUCUCUAGUCAACCAUCAAUAUUUUAAUUUAAUAGACUGUAUAUAAUAUCAAGGAAUGUUUGGGAAGGAUGAAUUCCCAGGGAGCUGUCCAAGGUCAGAGAAAGCCAAGUUCUCUUCCUGGUUCCAGCACUGAUUCUGUACAUAAACCUUAGGCAAGUUGCUUAACCCCUUUGCUUAAACUGCAAAAAAGUGCUAAUGAUCAUCUCUGUUACCUUAUCUUUGUCACAGGGUUUCCUUUCUAUGAAGAACAAUUUGAAAAUGGUAAAAGCUAAGAUGCCUUUUAACUUCAUAAACAAACCUAAAAUUAAUCAUGUAUCUAAAAGUCACCCACUCACACCACCUCAGUAUGUUUCUUUCCUGUGAGCAUAUAAAUAUAUUUUUAUAGUAAACAAUAUCUACAGGAAAUGAAUCUACUGUUCAAUGAGCAGUAUGAUUUGCACAUGCCAUUGAAAAAUAUUAAUCAGAAGAAAAUUAAGCAGGGUCUUUGCUAUACAAAAGUGUUUUUCACUAAUUUUGCAUGCAUAUUUAUAAGAAAAUGAAUUUGGUGGAUAUAUUCUAUUGGUAUAAAGGCAUCUGAUAUUUUAGAUGUACCCAUGUUUAUAAAAAUGUAGAGCACAAUGAAAUUAUGCUGGAAGUCUCAAUAUUUUUGUUCCUAUUUUAUACUCAUGGAAGAGAGAAGCUAAAGAGAGAACAAUGAGAAAUGUGUUUUUCUAAGCAUUUAAAACAAUUGCCAAUUGAAACCCUAAGUAUGUUUACAUGUCAUUAAAUAUGAUUCUUGUAACAAUUUUAAUUGACUAUAAAGGGACUGGGUUUGUAAUCUGUCAUAUUUCCUAGUGUUCCUAUAGUGAAAUAAGUAGACUUGAGUAGAAGCUUACUUUGUUUUAUAUCUUAAAUUGUUUGGUUACAUCAUCAAAAGGGAUAAAAUGUACGUAAAACAGGUUCACCUGGUUACUUUUUUGGUUCAGAUUAAUAUUCCGAGUAGAACUUUAUUAAAAUGUGUUUGUAAUGUAGGUGGUGUUUGUAUUAUGCUUAUGAAUAUGUAUGGUUUAGAAAUAUUUUCAUUAUACAUGAAAUUCUACUUUCCAAAUAAAAGUUCAACUUCAUGUACUCUAAAAAGUUUGUAUUCUUUUCUGUCCAGAUGAGAAGAAUGAGAAUUUGCAUGUCAACCUUCAGUUGCGCUGAUCCUGGCAUAUCUGUAAAUAAAGUAUAAAUAAAGUAUAAUUGAGGAAUAAAACAGUACUUUGGUUCAAAUGACUAUUUAGAAGUAGGCAACUUAACACAAUCAACAUCUGUGAAACUUCGUAUGUCAAUAUGUUUUACCCAUAUAAUAAAUCUGAAAUGAGCAUGUA